AUGCGGAGGGUGGUCGUAACCGGUCUGGGAGCGGUGACACCGCUUGGUGUUGGCAUUCGCCGUACCUGGUCCCGUCUCCUUGAUGGCCACUGCGGCAUCGUGAAUGUAGCAGAUCGUCAUCCGCGAUUCGCUGAAAUCCCAGCCCAGAUUGCCGCUGUAGUCCCUGACGGGACUCGCAAAGAGGGCGGAUGGACGGCCUCGGAAUGGUUGAGUCGCGAUGAGGAGCGAAAAAUGGCACGAUUCGCGCAAUUUGCUAUCGCUGCUACUGAAGAAGCGCUCGAGGAUGCUGCGUGGCGACCUACUACUGAUGAGCAGCGUGAAGCUACAGGGGUCUGCUUGGGAUCUGGUAUUGGCAAUUUUGAUCAAAUCUAUAAUACCGUUGUAGAUUUUGAGAAAAAUGGUUAUAAAAAAGUCUCUCCUCUAUUUGUACCGAAAUUACUCAUCAAUCUGGGAGCCGGACACAUUUCCAUGAAGUACGGCUUUAUGGGCCCAAACCAUGCCGCAACGACGGCAUGUACUACUGGAGCACACUCCGUUGGAGAUGCUGCUCGCUUCAUUGCUUUCGGCGAUGCAGAUGUCAUGGUCACGGGCGGUGCUGAAUCUUGUAUUCAUCCUUUGGCAAUAGGCGGCUUUGCGCGAGCAAGAAGCCUGGCGACUAAUUAUAACGAGCAACCUACCAAAGCAUCCCGACCAUUUGAUGCGGAUCGACAAGGGUUUGUUGUUGGUGAAGGUGCUGCUGUAAUGGUUCUUGAAGAACUUGAACACGCCAAAGCAAGAGGCGCCCAUAUAUACGCCGAAUUUAGAGGAUACGGCACGUCUGGAGACGCAUUUCACAUUACCUCACCUAAAGAGAACGGUGCCGGUGCUCUAGCAGCAAUGAGAAAAGCGCUCAAGCAUGCCAACAUCCCCCCCUCGGCUGUCGACUAUAUCAAUGCCCAUGCCACAUCGACUGUCGUUGGUGAUGCCGCCGAAAACGCCGCCAUCAAGGCUUUGUUACUAGAUAAUACAGGAGGACAGGGGAAACAGAAGCCUGCUGAUAUCAAUGUAAGUGGUACCAAAGGUGCCAUUGGACAUUUACUAGGAGGUUCUGGAGCUAUUGAGGCUAUCUUCUCCGUUCUGGCCAUUCACGAGAACAUUAUGCCACCUACCAUCAAUCUAGAAACUACAACAGCCGAAUUCGACUGCAACUACGCUGCAAACGAGGCGCAGGAACGGAAGAUAGAUGCAGCCUUGACGAACAGUUUUGGCUUUGGAGGGACAAAUAGCAGUCUGUGCUUUGCACGAUAUCAAUAA